GGGCUUUUAUGUAAUUUCGGGAGCUAGGGUUUAGAGUAAAAGCAAAGCUCGCCCGAGUUCAGUUGCCUCUCUUCCAGAAACCCUAGCUGCUGCGCAGGCAUCCGGGAGCGUGAGAACACAGGGACGUCCUAGGGCUUCCUACCUGCGAAAAUGGGUAUCUCCCGUGAUUCGAUGCACAAGAGGCGUGCCACUGGUGGCAAGAAGAAGGCCUGGAGGAAGAAGAGAAAGUACGAGCUUGGAAGGCAGCCUGCCAACACGAAGCUGUCAAGCAACAAAACAGUCAGGAGGAUUAGGGUUCGUGGUGGAAAUGUCAAGUGGCGUGCUUUGAGGCUUGACACUGGGAAUUACUCGUGGGGAAGUGAGGCUGUGACCCGCAAGACGAGGAUCCUCGAUGUGGUGUACAAUGCAUCAAACAACGAGCUUGUCCGUACUCAGACCCUGGUGAAGAGUGCCAUAGUUCAGGUUGAUGCUGCCCCAUUCAAGCAGUGGUAUCUUACUCAUUAUGGAGUUGACAUUGGCCGUAAGAAGAAGGCCCAAGCAACCAAGAAAGAAGGAGAGGAGGGUGAGGCUCCUGCUGAGGAGGCGAAGAAGAGCAAUCACGUGCAGAGGAAGUUGGAGAAGCGCCAGAAGGAGCGCAAGCUGGACCCCCAUAUCGAGGAGCAAUUUGGCAGUGGCCGUCUGCUAGCAUGCAUCUCAUCCCGACCCGGGCAAUGUGGUCGUGCUGAUGGUUACAUCUUGGAGGGCAAAGAGCUUGAGUUCUACAUGAAGAAGCUCCAGAGGAAGAAGGGCAAGGGAGCGGCUGCUUAAAGUUUUGGGAUUUAGCAUUUCUCAUCUCUGUCUUUCCAUCCUUCUGGACAAGAAUCCUUGAAAAUGAGUCCGUUUUGCUUUUUCCUACAUCUAGUUAUGAUACCGUGGAACAAAAACUAGAGUAUUUGUUUCCGAUUUGGUUUCUCUAUGCUAGGAUAACAUUUUGCGUUACGUUUUUAUGUGGUGAUCUAAGUUGUAGUUCGACGAAUCUCGCCUGAUCUAAGUUAUAUUCCGACGAUUCCUGCCU